GCUCCAGUCCCCCGUUAUCAUAGCACAUGCCAGCACAUUUCAGAUGCCUUGAGUUUCCAUCUGGUCUCUUUGGUCUCCCAUGUCCAUCUGACAUCGCAUACAGGAACCCUUCCUUGGCUCUUCCGUCCGAUGUAGCUUAGCCUCUUCUACAAGUAUCUUCCUCUUCAUUCAUCUUUGACAUCUGACAUUUCAACAGAUGGGUUAUACACUAACUACAACCAACUUUCACCAAGGUAUACCGUGCCCGGAAACUAUUGUUUCUUACUUUUAUUUCGUGGAAGUAUUUAAUAUCACAAUCCGUUUCGUUGUUCCGUGUAACUCGACCAGAGAACGAAUGCUCCAUAAACAUCAUAGUAUAAAGUAUGGGAUAGGUAUACCGGUCAAUGCCACGAAAAGGCCAAGGGGCUGUCGUCCUCGCUCAAUUGAGAACAAACAACAAAGCCCAACCAAUUACCUAUUGCUAAUUACAUACAUUUUAUGUAUAAUUGUCAUGAUCCCUGGUGGUCAACCAACUAGGACCAACUAGACGUGUAACUUCCCCGCGAUUUUGACCUUUUUAAGCGAAACCCCUUGAGGAAUUGAGGCAGACGAGUAAGUAGGUACAGACUUGCACACUGCAUGUAGAAAAGAAA